CGCUCAGAAGAAUUUCCGGUGCUCACGACUCUCCGGAGCAGCCCACUGAGCUCCCGAGCGAACCGCGGAGAUGACGAGGAGCCGUGAUCGGUAGACGCCUCCUCUGGGAGGGGGUACACGGGAGGUAACAGAACGGGAUGAGCAGGUCCAGUCACGUCUAGAAUGUCAACACAUGACCUGACCGUGAAGUUGAACAGCAGCAGCAGCAGCAGCGCGGAGAGCUCUCCUCCAGAACAGCAGCGCACAGAAGCAGCAGAGCCACAGAAACUCUCCGCGGGGAAUAAGAAUGAGCCAGCACUGACUGGAACUUCAGCCAACUCCCUUCAAACCAAUAAGAACCUGUAUAUCAGAAGAAAAAUACUUCUGAAUAGUAAAGGAGACUGGACCAGCCCAACAGGUGAUCUGAAGGAGGUUCCUGACCAGCUACGCUUCACCUCCUUCUUUUCACUGAGACUUCCCUCUAAAAGAAGUGAAAAGAAUAAAAAAUAUACUGAAACCAAGCUGAUCAGUAAUGACAUACACAGAAAACCUGAUGCUGUAAGGAGGCCAGCAAAUGUCCAAUACCCUGAGUUAAAGACCAACAGGGAUUCAGCUGGAAAAGAAAAAGAUGAGAAUUUCUCAAAACCACCCUUUCAAAAAAGGUGCACUACCAUUACCCAGCAAAAACACUUUGGACAUGAUAUACCAUGCCACAGAUCAGAGGAGGGAACACAGCAUGGUGUAGCGCUGUGUGAUCCAGCACAAACUGCACAAAACUGCUCACAGGAACCGUUGCCAAGUUCUGAUCACCUGACACAGCAGCCAAUCGGUGAGAGUAAAACUGCAGAAAGGGAAUCAGGAGUUAACGACCCUUUCAGAGAGAAUGCGGAAGGAGCACUCUGUAACAGUAAUCUAAUCCUAUUUGGAGAGGCCAGCAGUUCAAAGGCCAGCACCAACUGCCAGCCUGCUGCAUGCUCUCCCAGAGCACUAAAGCGGGCCUUAUCACUGCCUUCUUUUCCCGCUCCUCAUCACAGCUGUAAAAGUGAGACUGAUCCAAGUCAUACUGGCCCCGCUGCAAAAAUGUUCACAUCUACCUUAGUGUCUGUACUUGGGCCUCACUGGAGUGGGCGCUUUAGGAGACCUAAGAGAGACGUCAGUGAGGUUGAACAAGAUGGCCAGGUGAGUGGACAGAAUAGCAACCAGUCUGUUUCCACACAGAAUUCACCUCAUCAGCCAUUUCUUCUUACCCAGAUGAGAGCAGGUGGUGAAACUGUUGAUAAAUUUAACGAUAAGCUCAGGGACUCUGCAGGAACCAGCAGGAGCACUGCUGAAUGGCAAAAAGACACUACCAGUUCUCAGCAUUUCACAGCCACCUUGCACACAAUAAAACCACGUUUGAAACCCACUCCUUUGGAUACAAGCCAGAAGACAGCAGAUGCUGAAGAUGUUGAACACAGAAAAUCUGUUCAUUUGCCACUGGACUCAAAUCAGGUGACCAGGUCAGCUCUAUCCCUUCAAGUCAGGGGAUACAAAAGGAUAUCGCAGCCUGAGGAUCAGGCAGAAACCUUCUCCCCACCAACCUCCAGACCAACAACCAGCAGUCUGCUUCUCUCAUGGAGGAGGUUAAACUCAAGGACAGAAAAUGAUGAGAGCACUGAAAUGGAGAAGCAGCUAACCACGUCUGUCAGGUCACUAACCCUGCCGAAUAAAAGCAAAUUAAGACUUUCUCAACCACACACCCCCCUGUUUUCCCCAGACUCCCCAACCAAAGAAAACGUUCAGCGCUAUACAUUUCCUGCAUCUUCUGAGCAAAUCCAAAGUCCAGAAACAUCUCCUGUUUCACCACAUGUCAGAGAGAUGAGGGCAUCAAGGAGAUCAAUGUUUUUAAUCAAUAGAGAAUUUAACAUUUCCAGCAAAACUACAUCUACAAUCAAUGAUACAAAUAAGGACAGGAUCUAUUCAAGCUCCACAACAGGAUCCAACCAAUCAGAGAGUCUGAAUGCUUCUCAGGAGCAUUCAAGGGAAAGUCUCGAAAGGAAAUGUUCUCAUUUAGGCAACAAUGAGUCAGUGCAGCACAGCAUUACUGACUACAAAAACUCCAAUAUUAAUAGCCUCCACAGAACUGCUACUGAUUUACCAAAAAAUACUCCCAAGGACAAUACAAACAAUAAUAUUGGAACCUCAAUUUCAAACAGAUAUCACAUUUCAGAUAACAUUGUUCAGAAUCACAUCAGUCAACCCACAGAAAGCACAUCACAAAGCACAAGCCCCCAAAUUAUCCAGACAACCACAGUUAACCUCACAGCUGGGAUACCACCCGGGAACCUGACUCAAACUGGCCAAAACAGCAACCAGAACUCAACAAAUAAUAUAAGGAGUUUGUAUCCUGAGAACCUUUCACCCAGCCCAAUCGACCAAUUAAGUGGAAGAACAUUCACCGGCAGCCUUGUGUUCACACCCAGGAAAGAAAUUUCUGCCAUGGAAAGAACAAGCCCAUCCCAUGUAUGGCAGAACUAUUUGAACUUGAGACAAUCCCAGUCAAAUCAAAGCUCUUCAGAUCAGACAAAUCUGCUCUCUUCAGCUAGACCCCUCCGACAAGUUCGUGCUCCAAGUAUCUACUCAUACCUGAGAGAAACUAGCCCACCUUUGACCACACAGACAUCCACUGCCCUUAAUACCUCUCCUAGUCCUCUAAGCCCAUUUCUAAAACAAGAGGACCAAAUAAAGAAAGAGAAUCAAAAUGCAGGAAUCUCAAGGUUCACUUUUGAUUUGAGUCAAGUAGAAACAAAGGACGUUUCCUUCAGGUCACUGCAGUCUCUACCACCUGACAGUGGCAGGAGAUCAGAGCUUCAUCUCAGUAAAUCUCCCUACUCCACCCUCAUCUCUGCAAGACCAAGGCUCAACAGUGCUCUGCACAAUCCCACAUCUCCACCUGUCACACACCAGCACAGAAAAUCAGCAUCUUAUGAUAGUUCAGCCACGACUUCUUCCUCUCCUAAAGCUGAAGACGGCUCUUAUCUUCUUGUGAAGAAAUACAACAGAAUUAAGGGGGUUUCUGAUAGUGCUUCUGAUAAGCGUUUUACAAUGGAACCGACUCUCAAACCUUGCAGCACAUCACAAAGCUCACCAGUUGCAAGGUUCACAGACUCUCAGACUACUAACUCAAUCCCAGACACAACAUUCCCCUCGCAGAGUGGCAUAAUCGAUAAGGACAUCUGUCAAACAGGACCGGAUGGCACAUUUUUAUCUCAGAGUGUCAAAGGAAGUACUUCUGCUGCUCAAGAGUUGUGUUCUUCUACAUUAAGUAUGCUCACAGUUAGUGAGACUGUACCUGCCAUUACAAAGGAGGAGGUAACACCGCUGCAGACACAUGAAACCUUGCAAGGAAUCCAGCGCAGCAACUCUAAAAGGAGCUUCUUCUCAAGAAGUAAGGAAGAAAAUAGUCAGACCUCAUCGGCCUUUGCAGACAAACAGGGUUUGACAAAUCAGGACGGUAAAAGUGGAGAGAUGACAGGACUAAAAAACAGCAACAAAAUGGACCAGGUUUUAAAUCGUUUAAGAAUGAAAUUCGGUGUCAAACGUUCAGAGGAUGAUGAUUUGACAGCUAGAAGAAAGACAAAGAAUCAGCAGUCUUCUGACUUGAAGGCUCCUGAAUGCAAAAAGAAUGAGGUUUGCCAUGAGAGUCAAACAUUAAAAUCACCAGUUUCUUCUCAAAUCACAAAUAGGAAAGAAUCUUAUAAUUCUUCUGGUGCCUUGUCUGGUUUCACUUUUUCGAACGAGAAAUGUGAGAACUCGCCAAAUGUGGAUAAGCACAAAAGACUUGCAGAUGAAAAUGGAAACCAGUUCCUGGGUAGACCACAAAGCCCUAACUGGCCUAAGCCCCAUUAUAUUAAUCGCUAUGCCACCAUGCCACAAACCAGAAAAACCACUGCACCUGGUCCCUCUUCUACCUUUUAUCCAUCUGCGUUUUCUUCAAAAGACUCUCAGAGCGACGAUGUGUUUGAUAGCUGCUUUUCAACAAGAACAAAAAACUCUUUGGUUGGUAAAACUGAGAAUGUCUCAGGAAAUUCAGGAAAUGCUCAGAAUUCUCAGAGGCAGCGCUUAAUGGGAGCUCAUUUGUCUGCUUCUUGUGCCAAUCUAAAGUAUGGACUAGAGCGCGGCCGAUCUGUCUCAGUUAGUAGUAUAGUUUCAGGCCGUCCUUCGGGACCUGGUCGAAUCUCGACUGGAUCGAGGCAAGGCAGUGUGAGUGACUUCUCCAGCUUGGAUGAGUUUGAGCCAAGGAGCAGACAUUCAAGCAACAGCAGUCCAGGUAAUUCACCUGAACAUGGUGUAACAGGUCCAAGCAGUCUCCCUGUCCACAGUACCUACAGGGGCUGUGUAGGACGGUUGCAGUCAAAUGACCGUCUGUGGAGCCCAGGUAACCUUGACUCUUCCUCAUGCGCAUGGGACGCAGAAGCCAAUCCAACGCCACCGCCUUCCCCACCGUUCUCCCCCACCUCACAGCGUAUUUCACAAGUCCCCAGCUCAUCUUCUACCAGCAGCAGGACCUCGCUGGACAGCUUGUCUCCUCGUGGAUUCCUGCCAUCCAGGAGCUAUAAGACUACACUGUCUGUCUUCGAAGAAUCCAGUUCAGAUUCAGAUACCACUACUGACGAUGAAUACUAUCUAAAUAAUGAUGACAAUGAUGAGAAAGAAACAGAACUUUAGUAAUGGACUAAAUAACUGUGCGGUUGUGUUUUGUAGGCUGUUAUUUUGUAAGGAUUUGUGCCAUAUAUCCAGAUCAUAAAAUCUACAGUAAAGGUGUUCUAUUUUCAUUUCAGCAUGUAGGGAAGCACAGGGCACACCCACACCUUAAUUUGGGUUUGGGUUAAUAAAGCUGGCUAGCAUUGUUCAGAAAAAUGACUGUAGAAAAGCAUGGACAGUGCAACAUCUCUCCAAAGUAAAGCCACCACAGGUCCAGCACCUCUGCUGGCUGGUUGCAAUAUGAUGUGUAGCUCCACCCAUCCUCCCAUCAAUCUUGGCUUUAUUUUUGUAGACAUUUCUGUAAAAGUGGAAUGGAAUCCAUGCUUUUCUACAGUCACUGACACAUUCAAACAAUUAAUCCAUUUUACACUGUCUCCUGUGUAAAUGUGUGCUAUGCUUGCCCCAUAUCUAAUCCUGCUAAAGCAUGCCAUAAACAUGUUUAACUGGCUUUUGUGGCGUAUUUGCAUACAUUUUUAGUUUGAAAUUGCAAUUGAUAAUCAAUAGUGCCAUAUUGAAAUUUCCAUGUGUUUCAAAGGUUGUUUUUUAAAAACAAAACAGUUUUAUUCAUUAUAUAAAUUAUGAGAAAAUUUCACUUCAAAGUCUUCCUUUAAAGUCUUCCUUUAAAAAGUAGAGUAAAUGGUGAAUAAUAUAAGCAAAAGCAAAAAUGUCUGUGAAACCACAAAAUAACGUACAGUAACAUACAGUACUUCUACCUGUAUGCUGAAACUGUUCUGAUGUGAUGUUUUUACACUGUAGCAUUCACCACUAAGUGCUGUCAUUUCAGUAAGGGACUGGUCUUCUAGCUGUGUAAUGUGCUCAACAUAUUCAUUUUACACAAAUAUAAUUUAUCAAUACAUUCAAAUUAAAUAUAUGUCCACGAUUCUUUUUAUUUUUUCUGAUUUCUUUGUUUGUUUGUUUUUUAACUGUUCCAAAAAAGUAUCAUUCAGUUCCUCAGUCUGUACUGUACACUACUUAUAUGGAAACCAACCUGUCAAACAGCCUGUUUUGAGCUAAUUGUUUAUGUAAAUACAGCAUAUCUGCCUGUUCUGCCUACAGCAGUUUAGCCCCAUCUAUUUAAGCUAACCUUACAGAGUAGGGCAAACUGCAAACUGUAAGAACAGAGAGCAUUUACAUAUCAAUGCUGUCGGACUGAAACCUUGCAUUUCCAUUUUUUUACUUUUUGGCACAGUUUGGAUUUGGUUAAUUGCAAUGGGUAAUAAUUAAUUAGUAAGUGGAUUGAUAGAAAUGCAACAAAAUAUCUUGUUUACACUGAUUUCCACUGAAAGAUUUUGACAGGAUAUGAUCCUUAACGAAAAGUAACAAAAAAAUAAAAUAAAAGGCAAGGCAUAUAAAAGAGGUUGGAAAAAUUGAAUCAUGCCUCUUUAUGCUGCACAAACAUUAGAGAUCCUGAGGAAAAAAACACAUACAAAAUAAAAUGGAUGAUAUGUGCCCUUUAAUAUUUGCUGUAUGUCACUAUAGUGCAAAUAAGUAUAGUGCACAUUCUCUUCCAUGUUUUCUUGGCAGUAAUACUGUUUAUUUAUUUCUGCUGCUGCAGUUUUACGAGACUAAUGAAGGUGGAGUCAUAUGCUGACGCAUUUAAUCUUUUGAAGCAACACUAAAAUGUGUCCUGUAAUAACGGGGUGGUAAUAAAUUACAGCUUAUUAUGGCCUGUCACUUCAGUAGCUUAAAACUCAUUAUGAACUAGGCAGUAUUUUUAAAAGUGAAGACUUGUGUCGAGGGCUUAAGCUACACACCCAUGUACAGGCUGUGUGGCUGUGAGGGUAGGAGUGGUGGACAGGUCUGUACAGUAACUUACUCAUCAUGAAUGUCAUUUUCUCAGUCUGCACUGGGGAAAGCAUUAGGUAUAUGUACGGUAUGUUUAUGUACAUUGGAUGUAUGCUUGCUUUCUUUGUUACAGUUUAAAGUGACACAUUGAUUUCAUUCACAAGUGAAUAAAAUCUGGAUCUCUAAGGGUUUUCUAAACCAAGGCUACGGAGUUUGUUUUCAUGUUGCUUAGUAACGAUCAUUCACCUCCUGUGCAUUUAUUUGAGCAGGAGUAAGUGUGCAAACAGGGCUGGAGAGAUCCAUGGAAGUGAAAUCACUGCUAUUAAAUGGGGAGGUUGGUAUUGCGUAUUACUUAUUUACAUAGAGAAGGGUUUGUACUCAGCUUGACAUCUGGUUGUUGAUGCGGGUGAUUUUUUUUUUUCAUCUAUUUAUACUGAAGGCCUAUCUGAGCUGUAUUAUGAGUGUAUUCUGUGUGUCUGGAGCUGAUGAUUAAUUGCUCUGUUGUGCAAUAAAUAGAAGCAUGUAUUGUUUUGUCUGAUUUAACAUGUAAAUUGUAUAAUUUCAGUUAAUUCUGUUAUUGAAUAUUUUCUCAGCGUCUUAAAUGGUAAUAUAUGGAAUGAACAUUGUGGCCUGCUACAAUUAUGAUGCAAUAAAACACUGAAUUUGUCACUUU